AUGGUUGAAUCCCAUAACAACAAAUAUCUUGAAUAUUGUUUUAAAAAGGAAUUAAUUCGUUCUACUUUUGUUAAGCGUGAUGUUGUAAUUUCUUCUCAAAACUUAAAAGCUCUAUUUCUUAUGUUUCAAUACGAUAAGAAAUCAAUAAUGCCUUGGUGUGUUGCUUUUCCACAGUCAAUUGAUAUUUUAAAGAAUGAAAAAUUUGAUUUUACUGAUAUUUGUUAUAGGUUUAUAUUACUUUCGGCAGCUGAACAUGGUAAUACAAAAAUUUGCAAUUAUUUAUUAACAAUGCCAGAAGCGUAUCAAAUUGAAAUUAAUGCAAAAGAUGGAAAUGAAAAAACGGCUCUUAUUUAUGCAACAGAAAAUAAUAAUACAGAAUUGGCGAAGAUUCUAAUAUCGCAUGGUGCUAAUGUCAAUGAGAAAAAUGAUAAGAAACAAUCGCCUCUCAUUAUUGCUGCUAUGAAAAACAAUAAAGAAAUUGUAGAAUAUUUGAUAUCACAUGGUGCAAACAUAAAAGAAAAAGAUGAAAGGAAUAAAAAUGCCCUUUAUCAUGCAGCAAAAAAUAAUAAUAAAGAAAUUAUAGAACUUCUUAUUUCAAAAGGAGUUCGAAUUGAUUCAAAAUUUCAUAAUUCACAAACUGCCCUUCAAAUAGCUGCAGGUCACAAUUGUAAAGAAGUUGUAGAAUUUCUUUUAUCAAUAGGAUCAGAUAUCAAUAUAAGGGAUUAUAAUGGUUGGAAUGCUCUUCAUUAUGCAGCAAAUGGAAACUGCAAAGAGAUUGCAGAACUACUUAUAACAUUAGGUUUGGAUGUAAAUUCAAAAACAAAUUAUUUAAGGACACCUCUUCAUUUGGCAGCUCAGAGUAAUGGUAAAGAAACAACAGACUUUCUUAUUUCGCGGGGAGCCAUUCUAGAAGCUGUGGAUGAAGAUGGUGAAACUCCUUUUUUCCAUGCUGCAUAUUAUAAUAAACAAGAUACGGCAACUCUUCUGAUCUUACAUGGAGCAAAUGUCAAUAUUAAAAAUAACAAAGGUUUGACCCCUCUUCAAUGUGUUGUUCAAAAAGAAAACUUAAAAUUAGCAGAUAUUUUGAUUUCAAAUGGCGCUGAUAUCAAUGUUAAGAAUGAAUUUGGGAAAACAUUACUUCAUUGGGCAGUUGAGAAGAAUAAUAUUAAAAUGAUAGCUUUUUUACUUUCUCAUGAAAUUGAUAUAGAUGAAAAAGACAAUAAUGGACAAACAGCCCUUCAUUUUGCAGUUAUUCGCCCUAAUAAAUUUUUAAUUAAAUUACUGUGUUCAUUUGAUGCAAAUAUGAAUAUUCAUGAUAAUACUGGGAAAACGCCUUUGCAUCAUGCAGUGAAGAAUCAAAGUGAUAAUAUUGCAAAACUUCUUAUAUUGAAUCAUGCAUUUACAGCUGCGCAAAACAAAAAUGGUAAAACUCCCCUUCAUUAUGCAAUAAAAUAUAAUCGCUUAGAAAUGGCUGAAUUAUUAAUUUCAAAGACUGAUGAAGAAUAUCUUGAUGUUAAAGAUGAAAAUGGAAAGACAGCUCUUCAUUACGCUGUAGUAUAUGGACGAUAUAAAAUUGUUGUCAAGCUUCUUUUAAAGGGUUCAAAUAUAAACCUUACUGACAAACUUGAUAAAACGGCACUUCAUUAUGCUGCAGAGAAACAAGAUCAAUUAGUAUCAAUGUUGCUUGUUUCACAUGGUGCAAAUGUAAAUUUAAAAGAUAAUUUUCAAGAAACGGCUCUUCAUUAUGCUGCAGAAAAUAAUUGCAGGCAAUUAGCAAAAAUCCUUAUUGAGAAAGGUGCUGAUAUAAAUGCAAUGGAUGAAGAUGGAAAUACACCUCUUCAUAAUGCUGCAAUAAGUAGUAAAAAAUCUACAAACAACUUAUAUUGCAUGGUGCAGAUAUAA